AAAAAGGGAAGGGAAAUUAUUUCUCUUUUCAGCCUCUUAACCAAAGUAUCAGACUGUGCUGUCUCGUUCACUACUCUUCCCGAAAGAAAAACUGCGAAAAAGAAAGACACGAGGGAGUAAAAUUUGCUUGAUUCAAUCCAGGGUUAGGGUUACCCCUCAUCGGGAUAUCGGCAAACCCGAUUCGGUGCUAAAGAUCGAUCAAGAUGGGGACGAAUUCGUUAUCUUUUGAAUCAAUCACCGAUCUUGAUCAACAGAUCGAGCAACUCAUGCAGUGCAAGCCUCUCUCUGAACCUCAGGUUAGGGCAUUAUGCGAGAAAGCUAAGGAGAUACUAAUGCAAGAAAGCAAUGUUCAGCCUGUGAAAAGCCCUGUGACAAUAUGUGGCGAUAUUCAUGGGCAGUUUCAUGAUCUUGCAGAACUUUUUCGGAUUGGAGGGAAGUGUCCUGAUACCAAUUACUUGUUUAUGGGGGAUUACGUGGACCGUGGCUAUUAUUCUGUUGAAACUGUGACGCUCUUGGUGGCAUUGAAAGUGCGCUAUCACCAGAGGAUUACCAUUCUUAGAGGAAACCAUGAAAGUCGUCAGAUUACUCAGGUUUAUGGGUUUUAUGAUGAAUGUCUACGAAAGUAUGGUAACGCUAAUGUUUGGAAGAUCUUCACGGACCUUUUUGACUAUUUUCCAUUGACUGCUUUGGUCGAGUCUGAAAUAUUUUGUUUACAUGGUGGAUUGUCCCCAACCAUAGAGACCCUUGAUAACAUAAGGAACUUUGAUCGUGUUCAAGAAGUUCCUCAUGAAGGAGCCAUGUGUGAUCUGUUGUGGUCUGAUCCAGAUGACAGAUGUGGUUGGGGUAUAUCACCUCGUGGUGCUGGAUAUACCUUUGGCCAGGAUAUAUCUGAGCAAUUUAAUCAUACAAACAGCUUGAAGUUGAUUGCUAGAGCACACCAGCUUGUCAUGGACGGAUUUAAUUGGGCCCAUGAACAAAAGGUGGUUACCAUAUUUAGCGCACCUAAUUAUUGUUACCGCUGUGGAAACAUGGCCUCCAUAUUGGAAGUCGAUGACUGCAACGGGCACACAUUCAUCCAGUUUGAGCCAGCUCCCAGGAGGGGAGAACCUGACGUCACCCGUAGAACACCUGACUACUUUCUGUAAGCAGCCUUUCGUAAUACCACUUCCACUUCCUCAUCCGCAGCCCCCCCCAUGCUCUCACAUACAAGUUUUAUUAUGGAAGUUUUAUUAUGCCCAGCUGAAGGUUAUGAGACGAGAAAAGCUUGUAUUAUAAUAGGCAAGUUGAAUGCCUCUUCUUUCUUGUCUUGUACUUGAAACCAUGCCGUAUUCUUUGUUGGAAUCGGCUAAGCUGAUGCAGACAGCGGUCUAACAUUUGAAUGUAAGAUUCCUGUUUAAUUUCCAACUUUCUUGAUGCUUUACGCUGGAGUUUUUUUGAA